CUACUGGACUCGCUAAUAAAUCCCUCGAGCAAUAUUGGACAGACCCACAGCAAGAGAGAAAUUAACCAAAAUACAGGCCCGUCCUGAUAUAAAUCACCGAAUGCUUUAAAAAAAAUUUUUUUUUUUAAAUAUAACGUAAUGUUUACUGGUAUUUGGUCGUGCUGGGACAAUUAACGAUAGUAUUUGUGAUCUGUUGUCAAUGAUGGCCUAGGAUUAUAUCGUUAUACGGUCAUCACAGUAUUAUAAUCUUGAUGCUGCGGCAGAGAGCGACGACAUCCCCCCUCACGAACCAUUGAUUGCCGUCCAGGGGAAGGAAUUAUCCAGGCGGCUGGAACCCUCCGGGCGUAGAACAGGAGGCAUCUCUUCUAAACCGCGCGCCGUGGAACAUCAUGUCUGCUAUGAGGACAUUGACGGUGGCGGGACUGUUUUUGUCUUUUUGCGCCUUGGGGCUCAUAGCAGUCGCAAUAUGUACUGACAAUUGGUACGAGACGGAUGCGAGGAGGCACAAGGAACGUUGUAAGAAUUAUUCCAACAAAAGAAACGACCCUGGAUUCAUCUAUAUCUCCAACCAGAAUCUCCCACUACGUAUGUUACCGAAGGAGAAUAACGUGGAGAGGAAGAGGUCGAGUGGGGGACUCCUCCUGCGGGCUAAGCGGCACUUUUUGCCCCCUGCUCCGGCCAUGGAGUCUCUCUGCAGUCGGCAGUACAACUCCACCAUCUCCGGGCUGUGGAGGAAAUGCCAUCGAGAGGGAUUCGACCUGGAGACAGAGGAUCUUAUCUUUAAAGGUUUGGUUCAACGCUGCACACCAAUAAAAUACUACUACUCUUCUUUAGCCCUCCCCAGACAUCUGAGCAUCAAUAUAACCAAGACUAUUGGUCAGGAUGAGUGGCACGCACUCCACCUGCAGAGAAUGACAGCCAGCUUCAUCGGCAUGGCGGUGUCCAUCAUCCUGUUCGGCUGGGUGAUCGGAGCUCUGGGCUGCUGUCAGCAGCAUGACCUGAUGCAGUACGUAGCUGGACUCCUGUUUCUCAUGGGAGGAACGUGCUGUAUCAUCUCUCUGUGUACAUGUGUAUCAGGGAUCAACUUCCAACUGUCCCGUUAUCCUCGCUACAUGUAUGGGAUACCAGAGGACAUCAGUCACGGAUACGGUUGGUCCAUGUUCUGCGCAUGGGGGGGCCUAGGUCUCACCCUAUUGGCCGGCUUUCUGUGCACCCUGGCUCCUUCCCUAUACCCCCCCGUCCCUCACACUAUGGUAGAGAGGCCGCAACGCAAGCCCCGACACGAGAACGGCUGUGUGUGACCCCAUAGAAAUCAACUACUAUUUGAGUUGAAUACAGGAGUGUGUGUGACAUUCAGUGUCUGCCAGAAUCUCCAGUGACAGGACUCUCAUCCCUCCUAAGUCUUGUUUCUUCUAUGAAAAAGAGAUGCUUUUCUGUUCUGACUGGACAGGAGACGUUCCCCAGGGACUAAGAACUAAGAUCUGUCAGUGUGUCUGACUGGACAAAGAAAGAAACAGACAGAAAGACAUUGGCUCUGGUUCUCCAGCUGGACGGGGUCGGAUGGUGACUGUUUACUGUGGAGGAAUUCAGUUCUUCUUGUCUUCGGUCCUCCUCUUCCUCCUUCUUCCUCCAAAAUGUCAACAGUUACAGAAUGAUCUUUUUUGUCCCAAUAAUGAAUUGUUCGGUGUUAUUGCUUGCUAUUAAGAGGAGAAAAGUUACUCUCCUAAAAUAUCUUCCUGUACCUUUGACCUUUUGAUGCUGGUUCUAAAAAAAAUAACAAAAAGAACACAGAAGAACAAUAAUAGACAAACUUUAAGGGAUGAUUUCUAACUUCUACUUAAGUCUAUCUUUCACUGACUCUGCCAUUGACAUCAAUGCAUGGCCAAGUGAAAAAUUCGACAUGAGUCCUAAGUUAGGAUAUACCCCCAAGCUAAGUUGUAAUACAUUAAAAUCGUGUAGUAGUUUUACUGUUUGUACCCAUCGAAAACAAAAUAAUAUGUAAAUGUCUAUUUAGCAAAUGUAUGUACAGUAUGUAUGUAUGUACAGUAUGUAUGUAUGUACAGUAUGUAUGUAUGUAUGUAUGUAUGUACAGUAUGUAUGUGUGUGUGUGUGUGUGUCUGUGUGUGUGUGUGUGUGUGUGUGUGUGUGUGUGUAUGUAGUAUGUGUGUGUGUGUGUGUGUGUGUGUGUGUAUGUAUGUAUGUAUGUAUGUAUGUAUGUAUGUAUGUAUGUAUGUAUGUAUGUAUGUAUGUAUGUAUGUACAGUAUGUAUGUAUGUACAGUAUGUAUGUGUGUGUGUGUGUGUGUGUGUGUGUCUGUAUGUGUGUGUGUGUGUGUGUGUGUGUGUGUGUAUGUAUGUAUGUAUGUAUAGUAUGUAUGUGUGUGUGUGUGUCUGUGUGUGUGUGUGUGUGUGUGUGUGUGUGUGUGUGUGUGUGUGUGUGUGUGUGUAUGUAGUAUGUGUGUGUGUGUGUGUAUGUAUGUAUGUAUGUAUGUAUGUAUGUAUGUAUGUAUGUACAGUAUGUAUGUAUGUACAGUAUGUAUGUAUGUGUGUGUGUGUGUGUGUGUGUGUGUGGGUGUGUGUGUGUGUGUGUGUGUGUGUGUAUGUGUGUGUGUGUGUGUGUGUGUGUGUGUGUGUGUGUGUGUGUGUGUAUGUAGGUUUGCUUUUGUGUGUAUUAAAAAAACAACAUGAGCAUUAAGAUACAAGAUUGUAUUUGAUGGGAAAUGUUUUGAUGUUCUUGAAGUUUACUGAUCAUGAUAGUACCAUCAAGAUAUUUUUGAAAAAUAAAAUGAUGAUACAAACCGUUGCUCUUGUGGUUGUGAAUG